AUGAGCUCUGGCUUUGGUCUUGCGUCCAGUAUCUUGGAGCGUGUUAGCCAGGCAGGAUGGAGCGUGGGAGCGCACAUCGAAAAGGGCAUCUUCUAUGGGCCGCCGAAGAUAAACCGCAGCGACAUCUGGGCGCAGGAGGCCUAUGCCGGGAACAAUGGCAUCUCCGAGAUCAAAAGUCUCACGGGGCAGAUCAAGCGAAGCAACCAAGUCAACGACUACGCGGACAAUUAUUACAUCAUGCAGUGGCAGUACACGCCGGUUGGCGACCCCAUCCAGAGCGUCGCCGUCUUCGAGUCCAACCCGACGCUGUACUACUACGGGCUCAACUACAUGACGCCAGAGGUAUUCCCGACCGUCAUCCUGCACGCUGCCUUGGGCGCAUUUCGCACCGACCAAAUCACCGAAAAGUACUGCGACAUGACGAUGCAAGUGUUUGUGUGCGCGCUCAACCUAUACAUGGUCAGCCAGAACUGCAACGUCAGCCACGCCAAGAACCCGCUGGUGAAGCCGCCAAUGCAUCAAGCAUGGCUGAUGCUGCUGGGGUACUGGAUGCUAUACCGCCUGGCUUUUGCUUCUCAGAGGCAGGCUGCUCAGGCCUAUAAUGUGUAUAAAUAG